AAGAUCCGACCCGCGCCGUCAAUUUUUGGGGUUUAACGUUUAAGCUUCCGACUUUCUUAUCUAUCACGGCGGCGUCAAUGAAACGAUCCGUUAGACCUCUCUUCAGUGCUCUCCUCUUCGCCUUUUUCGCCGCCACACUCAUCUGCAGAGUGGCGAUUCGCCGGAGUAGCUUCUCCUUCACCUCCGCCAUCGCUGAGCUUGGUACCUCCGGACUCAUGACUGAAGAGAUUGUAUUCAACGAGACAUUGCUCGAAUUCGCCGCCAUUGAUCCCGGCGAACCUAAAUUCAAGCAGGAAGUCGAUUUGAUUUCCGAUUACGACCACACUCGGAGAAGCCACCGCCGACAUUUCAGCUCCAUGUCAAGACCAAGCGAGCAACCACGCCAUGGGAGCCGAGACAUUGCUUCCUCCAAGUUUCCGGUAACGCUUCGUUCCUCUCAGGUUUAUCGUUACUGGUCAGAGUUCAAAAGAAAUUUACGGCUUUGGGCUCGUAGAAGAGCUUAUGAACCUAAUAUCAUGUUAGAUUUGAUUGGAUUAGUCAAGAAUCCGAUCGAUAUUCACAACGGCGUUGUUUCGAUUUCGAGUGAAAGAUACUCAUCUUGUGCAGUGGUUGGGAAUAGCGGUACAUUGCUGAAUAGUCAAUACGGAGAUCUCAUUGAUAAACAUGAGAUUGUGAUUCGGUUGAACAAUGCGAAAACAGAGAGGUUUGAGAAGAAGGUCGGAUCGAAAACGAAUAUAUCUUUCAUAAAUAGUAACAUUUUGCAUCAAUGUGGGAGAAGGGAGAGUUGUCAUUGUCAUCCUUAUGGCGAAACAGUGCCUAUUGUGUUGUAUAUUUGCCAACCGAUUCAUGUUUUGGAUUACACUUUGUGUAAACCGUCUCAUCGAGCUCCUCUGCUUAUCACGGAUCCGAGAUUCGAUGUCCUGUGUGCUAGAAUCGUGAAGUAUUACUCGGUGAAGAAGUUCUUGGAAGAGAAGAAAGCGGAAGGGUUUGUGGAUUGGAGUAAAGAUCAUGAAGGCUCGUUGUUUCACUACUCGUCGGGUAUGCAGGCUGUGAUGCUUGCAGUGGGGAUCUGUGAGAAAGUUAGCGUCUUCGGGUUUGGGAAGUUGAAUUCUACUAAGCAUCAUUACCAUACUAAUCAGAAAGCAGAGCUGAGUCUUCAUGACUAUGAAGCAGAGUAUAGAUUGUAUCGCGACUUGGAAAACAAUCCCAGGGCCAUUCCAUUCUUGCCAAAAGAAUUCAAGAUCCCUUUGGUACAAGUUUACCAUUGAAAAUACAUACCAUCAAGAGUUUUGUCAUUGACUUGUUGUUUCAAGCGAAGAAGCUUGUUGGCAAGAGUUUAUACUCAGUCGUUUUGUCUAAGUCCCAACGAUUUUGCUCGAGAUUGGGCCAGUGGAGACGCAACACUUUCCAAAUGGUAAGAGUGCUCUUUACAAUUUUUAGAUUUGUGGUGUCACACAUAUUGAAAUAUAUAUGGUAAAUUUAG